CGUCGCGCCGGACGAGACCAGUCGCACGCUGUCCAGAACAGGACGACGAGGACCCGCAAGGCGUCAGAUCGCGCGGCGGCUAGGCGGAUUCAUGACGCCGUGCGCUUUUGCUCUCGCGCCCACGCCCGGUCAGCGACAGCCGCAGGCCUCCCCAGAAAAACCAACCUCCCCGUUUCACGAGGCGCGGCCAUUAGUGAGAGUGCAGCCACAGCGGCCGUGUGUGAGAGCGGAGGGAGGAGGUGCCCAGCCCAGGCAGCGAGCCAGGCCAGCACUAUAAAGAGCUUGGAGUGAGUUUACUACUCCCACCGCUGCCUUGCCGUUGCCGCUGCCGCUGCCGAGACCAACCAAGCAGCUGCUCCCUGCCCGGCCAACCACAGAGCUCAGAGGGCGAGAGCGUGCGGUGCGGUGCGGGUGCAGCAGAUGGACUGGGACAUGAGAGGAGGAGGGGGAGGGCACGGUGGCGCUGUCGGGGACGGUGGUGGUGGGCCGGGAGGACGCGGCCUUACUGUCGGAGGCGUUGCUGUCGGGGGCGGCGGGGACCAGCACCAGCAGCGCGUGGAGGCGCACUACCGCGGCGUGCGGAAGCGGCCGUGGGGCCGGUACGCGGCGGAGAUCCGCGACCCGUGGAGGAAGACGCGCGUGUGGCUGGGCACCUACGACACCCCCGUCGAGGCCGCCAUGGCCUACGACCGCGCCGCCGUCGCGCUGCGGGGCUCCAAGGCCAGGCUCAACUUCACCGCUGGGCGCGGCGCCUGCCCCCGCGCCACGCCCGUCCAGGCUCGCCCGUUCCCACUCUCGCACCCGGCGGCGCCAGGCGGCCACUUCGUCGGCGGGCUCGACGUCACCCACUCCUCGCCCUGGCACGUCCUCUACCUCCCGCCCAGCAGGCUGCACCACCAGGCCGUGGCGGUUCCGCCGCCGAUGCCGCCCCUCGUCGCAGUGGCGGAGGACGUCGUCGCCUCGUCGAAGCCGUCCACGGCGCUGGAGCUCCGGACGGGGCCUAAGGCACUCCCGUUCGACCUCAACGAGCCGCCGUCGCUGAUGUUCGGCUCGCGAUCUCCAUGAACGCACAUGGAGACGGAGGUGAUGGUAGAUCAAUAGUAGGAUCGAGUAGGGAUCGAUCAUGGACCAUUGAACCCAGUGGUAGGGAUUGCGUAGUGAGGGUAAUCAACAGGUAGGAGUGGAGAUCAUGGGUCCGGUUGUAUAUAUUCUAGUAGUAUAUCUAUUUAAGGAAAAUCUUGCCCUUCUCAUCUUCGUUCGUGUUCUUGUGCUCCAUCUCCUUUUCGUAGUCGUUGGGGGGUGUCCCGUCGGCAGCGCGCUUCUUCGGCCUUCGCUUGAGCAUUUCUCAGCUGCCGCCUAUCGAGCAAUAUUUUUUCUCUCACAA